AUGCAGAUCCUUAGGAAGGAAAACUACAGCUCAGUGUCCGAAUUUAUCCUCCUUGGCUUCUCCAGUGAGUCACAGAUCAGAGUGGCCCUGUUCAUCUUCUUUCUUCUGCUCUAUGUGAUCACCCUCCUGGGCAAUGGCCUCAUUGUCACUCUGAUCUACCUAGACUCUCGCCUCCAUACUCCCAUGUACUUCUUUCUCAGUAUCCUCUCUUUGGUAGACAUGAGUUAUGUCACUACCACUGUGCCCCAGAUGCUGGUUAAUAUGGUGUGUCCAAGGAAGACCAUCUCCUGGGGUGCUUGUGUAGCCCAGAUGUUCAUCUUCCUGGUCCUGGGUAUUGCUGAGUGUGUUCUCUAUGCCAUUAUGGCCUACGACAGGUAUGUGGCCAUCUGCUUUCCCCUUCACUACUCUCUACUCAUGAGCCGCUUCGUUUGUAUCAAGAUGAUCACAAUCUGUUGGUCCAUUAGCAUCACUGGUGCUCUGGUCUACACUGUCUUCACCAUGCGUCUGCCCUACUGUGGCCCCUACAAGAUCAACCACUUCUUCUGUGAGGUCCCUGCUGUCCUGAAGUUGGCCUGUGCAGACACAUCCUUCAAUGACCAGUUGGACUUCAUCCUGGGCUUCAUCUUACUUCUGGUCCCUCUCUCUCUCAUCCUGGCUUCCUAUGCCUGCAUUUUUGCCUCCAUCGUAAGAAUCCGCUCAUCCCAGGGGAGGCUCAAGUCCUUCUCUACGUGUGCAUCCCACAUCACUGUGGUCACCAUGUUCUAUGGGCCAGCCAUGAUGAUGUACAUGAGGCCUGGCUCCUGGUAUGACCCAGAGAGGGACAAGAAGCUGGCUCUGUUCUACAAUGUUGUCUCUGCCUUCCUCAACCCCAUCAUCUACAGCCUCCGGAACAAGGAUGUAAAGGGGGCUUUUCUGAAAGUGCUAGGAGACAGAGGGACAGCCCAGUGA